CUCACAGGGAUGCGCAGGGAAGCUGAACUUCGGAGAGGCUGCCGUGUGAGUGUGGGCGCGCAGAUGCGGCUCCCAGCGGUUCGGAGCCCCUCGGGAAAAGGACAAGACUCCGAGUGAAUAAGGGUAACGUAAAGAGGAAAGCAAACUGGCGGACUGGAGAACUGAGAAUGAGCAUUCAGAAGUGCCAGCUUCUGAAGAGACGAUGAGCAGAGCCGAACCCAGGAGACACCAACAACUCCUUUGCAAGCUCUGCUGCUUCUGAUCCUUGCUCCCAGCAGGCGCCGACUGCAGCCUCCCAACUUCCAAACACACACACACAGAGACCGGGAGGAAAUCACCCGGAGCUUCCCUGACCCGGGAGGUCGGAUCGGUUCGAGGAGGACUCCAACCCAGCUGCUGCAGGAAGAUGAACUCCACCCACCACCAUGGCUCCUCUACCUCCCUCCACCUCUGGAACCGCAGCAGCUACGGGCUGCAUGGCAAUGCCAGCGAGUCCCCGGGGAAGGGAUAUUCGGACGGGGGAUGCUAUGAGCAACUUUUUGUCUCCCCUGAGGUGUUUGUGACUCUGGGUGUCAUAAGCCUGUUGGAGAACAUUCUCGUGAUCGUGGCCAUAGCCAAGAACAAGAAUCUCCACUCACCCAUGUACUUUUUCAUCUGCAGCCUGGCUGUGGCAGAUAUGUUGGUGAGCGUUUCGAACGGGUCGGAAACCAUCGUCAUCACCCUGCUGAACAGCACAGAUACGGACGCGCAGAGCUUCACCGUGAAUAUUGAUAAUGUCAUUGACUCUGUGAUCUGUAGUUCCUUGCUUGCCUCUAUUUGCAGCCUGCUUUCCAUUGCGGUGGACAGGUACUUCACUAUCUUUUACGCGCUCCAGUACCAUAACAUCAUGACGGUUAAGCGGGUCGGGAUCAUCAUAAGUUGUAUCUGGGCAGCUUGCACUGUGUCGGGCAUUCUCUUCAUCAUUUACUCGGACAGCAGCGCUGUCAUCAUCUGCCUCAUUACCAUGUUCUUCACCAUGCUGGUUCUCAUGGCCUCUCUCUAUGUCCACAUGUUCCUGAUGGCGAGGCUUCACAUUAAGAGGAUUGCUGUCCUCCCGGGCACUGGCCCCAUCCGCCAGGGUGCCAACAUGAAGGGGGCAAUUACCUUGACCAUCCUGAUCGGGGUCUUUGUGGUCUGCUGGGCCCCGUUCUUCCUCCACUUACUGUUCUACAUCUCUUGUCCCCAGAAUCCAUACUGUGUGUGCUUCAUGUCCCAUUUUAACUUGUACCUCAUUCUGAUCAUGUGUAAUGCUGUCAUUGACCCUCUCAUUUAUGCUCUGCGGAGUCAAGAACUGAGGAAAACCUUCAAAGAGAUCAUCUGUUUCUACCCCCUAGGAGGCAGCUGCGACUUUCCCGGCAGGCAUUAAGCGUGCAAACUAGAAACCCGCAGUCGUUCUCACCCUGACACAAACUGAGCAGUGUCCUUUGCAACCGCUGCCUUCUCUGUGUAGUGCUUUGAUUGAAAAUAUCUGCUGUGUAAGUUUAAGCUUAUGACUUUUGACAUGAAAAAAAGUCUAAAUUUGUUAUUUUUGAUGUCAUGCUACUUUUUUUUUUGUUUGUUUGUUUGCCAGUGCUUCUUUGUGUUCUAUAUUGUGGGCACUCUGCAUUUAUUAAAAAAAAAAGAAACGCAAAGACACCCUUAUUAA